GAGCGCCUGACUCAAUUGUGUGCAGUGCACUUCAAGCCUACCAAUAGUUAGCCUAAAGGCUUCCUAAAGACUAACACUUUCCAACGUUCUCUUUUAUGUCAACAGUAUUCUCGUCAAUAUACCUCCUCGCAUCUCUUGAGUCUGACUCCGACGCGUCCGAUAUCUCGAUGACCACUUCGUGCUAAACAUAUCUAAUCUCAUUACCAUAAUGACCAAUUCCGAUCAGGAAAGAAGCACGACACCGCAGCCUGGAGGGCCUUUAGCUGUACCACUAUCCACCUCUCCGGGUUCGCUGAGGAGUAGAGUAUACGGAACUUCAGUGCCGCGCGCUGAUGUCACUGCUCGCCUCGCUUCCCCUGUACCCUCUCAAAUAUUCGGAACUCCACCUGUACAAAGGCCUCAAGCUACGAGUAGGGAUGACGAAGAUGCUCAAAAUUUAGGACCUCUUGCCGGUGCUGGUCAGGUUUCUUCCGGUCCCGGCGUGUCUGCCCUCGCCGCAGCUCUUUCGAAUUCUGUAGGAGCAUCACCUCCAAGAUUUGGUACGCCACCGAUACGAUCGUCUUCACCGGUUGGAACAGCCUCGGGGCCGCAACAGUCUAUAACGCCAACGAACUAUGGUUCCUUCGAGGCGCGAUCAAGACACUUACAAAGCGGUGGCACCGGCGCUUACGAGGACCCUGAAAUCAUCCGGAGGCACUUAGUUCACCCUACCGAUACUGGAGACUCAGGGUCCAACUAUGGCGAUAAUUCAAAAGGGAAACAAGUUAGCGAGAUUGCUGAUCCUGGGCACGUCGAUGAUGAAUUCUCGAGUCUGAGGUUACAAGGAGGUGACAUAACGCGCCAAAUCUAUCGAUGGACCGAAGAUGCUGAAGACCGAAACCGUCAUCAGCGUAGCAAGAGUUUCAGUCAUGCCAGGGACGAACCCGAAAGCGACGUCCUCGAUAUCAACUCCAUCAAGAUCCCUGGUGGGUUUAGGCGGAAUUACCUUAGACGAGCUGGCCAAAGCCCGUCUUUGGACCCACAAGGAUUGGAAGCUGGUGAAGGCACUUCAAGAGGUAGACAAGAUCCUCAAUUAUUCACCAACAGUUUCCUUGAGUUCUUAUCUAUCUAUGGCCACUUUGCGGGCGAAGAGCUUGAAGAAGAUGACGAAGUCUUGAGACCCGGCGAGUAUUUCUCUUCUGGAGAAAGUGAGGAUUACUAUGAUAGUGAGGAGGAAAGAGAGCCAAUGGAAGAUAGCGCUCUGCUGACACCAUCCAAACGUAAGAGAAGAAGAAAGAUUAGAGGUGGUAGUGGCAACAAUACCCCUUUCAACGCGGCUCUGCUUCUCUUGAAGUCAUUCGUUGGCACGGGUGUAUUGUUCUUACCCCGAGCCUACUUCAAUGGCGGUAUGAUUUUCAGUAACUUGGUUCUACUCUUCGUUGCAGCACUAAGUUACUACUGCUUCGUGCUGCUUGUCACCACAAGAUUGAAAGUUGAAGGAUCCUUUGGUGAUAUCGGCGGUAUCUUGUACGGCGAUUGGAUGAGAAAAUUGAUUUUAUUUUCAAUCGUCGUCAGCCAGAUCGGAUUCGUUGCAGCCUACAUCGUAUUCACGGCGGAAAAUCUUCAAGCGUUCAUUCUUGCUGUUUCCGACUGCAACACAAAUAUCCAUGUCACAUACUUGAUCUUGAUGCAGAUGAUCAUCUUCUUGCCAUUCUCUCUAUUCCGGGACAUCGGAAAGCUUGGCUUCACAGCUUUGAUAGCAGAUGCUUUCAUUGUCAUUGGCCUAGCAUACCUUUUCUAUUAUGAUGUUCUCACCUUGAGCACUAAUGGUCUCGCUGAUAUCAUCCAAUUCAACCAAAAGGAUUGGACGCUCUUCAUUGGCACAGCCAUUUUCACCUUCGAAGGUAUUGGCCUUAUCAUCCCCAUUCAAGAAUCGAUGAAAUCGCCUUCCAAAUUCCCCAAGGUCAUGUUUUACGUCAUGAUCAUCAUCUCGGUUCUCUUCAUCACUAUGGGUGCGGUCUCUUAUGCCGCAUACGGUUCAAAGACGGAGACCGUCGUUCUUCUGAACCUACCCCAGGAUAACAAACUUGUCAACGGCGUCCAAUUCCUGUACUCACUCGCUAUCCUUCUUUCAACGCCCUUGCAGAUUUUCCCUGCUAUCCGUAUCACCGAGAACGCCCUGUUCACGAGAAGCGGCAAGUACAACCCCUACAUCAAGUGGCAGAAGAAUAUGUUCCGUUUCUUCGUCGUCUUCCUCUGUGCUUUCAUUGCCUGGGGAGGUGCAGAUGAUUUGGACAAGUUCGUUGCCCUUGUUGGGAACUUUGCUUGCAUUCCCCUCGUGUACAUCUAUCCGCCAUUACUCCAUUACAAGGGUGUAGCUAGGAGCCGAGCUCGAAAAGUUACCGAUAUUGCUCUCUGCAUAUUCGGAUUUAUCGCCAUGGCAUACACCACCAGCUUGACGGUGAUCAGUUGGGCCAGUGGCCCAUCUGGCCCGAGCCUACCGAAAUACUGCGAUCACAGCAAGUUCUAAAGCUAUAAUGCAACAUUAACAUCGACACUACCUCUCAAAAUUGUAUAUUACCCACAUCAGCAGCAUCAGAAGAAGCUACAGAUUUAGAUAUUUCCCUAUCCAAACCGGAGAUGGAGAUUGACCACGCGGAAUAGAGUUUAAAUGCAUGGCUUUUUAGCAUUGGAAUCGGU